AUGGCUACUAUCGAAAAAAGUAACAAAGGCGGCGAAAAUGAAACAGAGGCCUUUUAUAAAAAUGAAAGAAAAGGCAAGACCAACAAAAUAGAACCGCUGCAUGUGAAUGAAGAAAAAAAAGAAGUCGAAGUCGUAAGUUUCCACAAUGUAGAAAAUAAAAGUGAAAAUAACGAAGACAUUUUUGGCCUAAGCGUAAGCAAAAAUGGUAUGGACAUGAACAAUAAUAAUAUCCGUAACCCUGUCGUGAAGACGAAUGGGGACAUGGAGAAGGAGGAAAGGAAAAGCGGUUUGAUGGAAAAUAAAAGCAUUUGGGAAACGGAGGAGGAAAAUCUGCUGCAUGAUGAGACGAAUUUGUCAGAUGAAGGGGAAGAAGUAGAGGAAGAAAAUGUGGAUGAGAAAGACCUCAUACUUCAGCGAUAUAAACAUGGCACCAACAUAUUUGUCAACCUGGACGAUGUAAGAAAACGGUGCGUUGUGGUUGACUUUUACUCGGAAUGUUUAAAUAAAUAUAAAAAUGAAUGCAGCUUUGUGUAUUACCAAAACUAUAACAGUAGUAGUAAUGUAGUAAUUAACGAAAAUGUUGAAAUGGUGGGACAUGUACACAGUCCACAUCUUUCAUGUGAAAAUAUGGAGAGCAUGGGAAAUAUGCCCAUUUCGAAUGACAAAUUGGCACUGGCAAAAGGGAAAAAUGUGCCAAAAAUUUCAAGCAGCGUAGGCAUGGGGGUAGGUACCUCCGUUAUGCCAGGUGAAGAUUUUAAAAAUUUUAAUCUCCAAAAAAGGAAGCAAGAGUCGUUAGACCCCUUGUUAAAGUGUAUAAACUCGUUGUCGGAUAGAAUAAACCUUCAGCAUUUAGUGGGAGAUCCAACAACGUAUUUCAAACUUGGAGGAGGGGACAUGUUCUACGACAUUAACGAUCCAUUUUUGGAUGACGAAGAAAUGUAUAAAGAAUUGAACAAAACGAAAAAUGAAAUAAUUCUCACAAGACAGAUAGAAGAUGAGUACAGCGUGUGGAGUGCUGACAUGUCAGACGAUUAUGUGGACAUAAACCCGGAGUCCUUCAUCUCGUUUUACAGCUCCAAGUGUAAGUAUGUAUAUUGUAGCGAUGAAGAAGGGGAAGAGAAUAAUACCAAAGAGUGCACGAACGAGGUGGGAGCGGGCAAAGGAAAAUGUGGCGAUGGGGACAGAACAAGCAUAGCAGAUGGCAUGCACAGUUACACAAGUGGCCAUGACAACGCGAGCGACGCGAAUUUUCGCAAACGCGGUAAUGAGUACAGGGGGCACGCUGCGUACAGUUCCUCCUGCUCCAUUUCCUCUGAUAAUAGUGUCAUAGAGUUAAACGAGUCCCACAUGGAUACAAUAAAUUAUGAACAAAAUGUAAACGAUUUUAUUAUAUAUUCAAGUGAAGAACAGGUGGAGGUAUCCUCGUCUGAAGACGAAAAUGAAGAUGAGGCAGAACAAUCUGAAGCAUCUGAAGAGGAUAUCAUAUUCAACCCCUUUGCUUGGAAAAAAUUCGAAAGGCACAUUCCCCCAGAGUUUAUCAGCUCCUUCCAAAAGUUAGAAAAGGAAUUGGAUGCUCUCCCCCUGGAGGUUAACAUAGAAGAUAUACAGGCAAUCAUAAGGGGAAAUAUUUACAGCAUAUUUGUUCAGGUCAGAGAUAAGCAAAAGAAUAUUCUGAACCAUUUUGACAAAACAUUAGACGAUUACAUCGAGAUAGAUAUUAAGCAGCUGAGGUGGCUCACAACCAUUAUGAACAAAACGUCCAACACGCUUAACGAUAUAGACAUUUGCAGGAUCUGGUUCGAACACAUUUUCAACUACAACAUUACGGUGUUCAUUAAUUGUGAGAAGGAGUUCGUUAGCAAGAUAAAGAACUCUCACAUUUUUGAAAAAAAUAAUAAGGCGCAUUUGAAUGGUAUUCUGAAGGACAUGUCUUCGUGGAGGUCCUUCCAGGAGUAUAAGGAGAAGAUGGCUCGCGAGGGUGGAGACGGUGUGGGGGGUGCUACUACCACUUCGGGGGGCGCUACUGCUACUUCGGCGGCCACUACCUUGGGUGAUGGCGCAAACGGACCGAAAGUGGGUUCCUCCGCCAGCCGAGGUGCAAGCAAAGCAGCCACCGAUUGCAGCAAAAGUGGCAUUGUUAAUAGCCAGCCCAGCUCCAAGGAACCACCCCAAAGUGGAAAAUUGAUAGAUGCACGGGAUGCAGAAAAGGAGAACAAGGGCGCCAUGUGUGAGAGGCAGGGUAGGGAUGAAGCAUCUGAAGAAGCGGAGGAGAAGGCGCAUAACGAUGUUCACUUGAAAACAGCGGAGAGUCCCAAAGGUGUAGCCCAUUUCGAGGGCAACGUGGAAUCUCUUUUUACUCCCUCCUUUUGUAAAGACAGCGCUGUUAAGAACGAAGCAGCGGAAGGAAACUGCGACAGUGUGUCUCUGCACUUUUCUAAUAAUAGCACUAUUGAGCACAUAGAAGGGGAGAAGAUGGGGGACAGCGCUUACAGCUGUGUGCAGAAUAAUGGCUUGUCAAAAAAGGAGUGUACCGGGGGGAAUGGCCAGGAGGAGGACAAAGCGGCGGCCACUAUAGUAACGUCCAGCUCCCAACCUUGCGCCGUCGCCGCAUUGUCAGAGGCGCAGGGAGAGAAAGCUAAGGGGCCCGCCCAAAACGGUGAAAGCUGUACGGAUGUGGAAGCGCAUGGUUCCAAGGCGAACAAAAGUGCCAACCCUAAUAGUGGACAGAAGGAAGAAUACAAAGCGUUGGAGAAAUUUUUUAAAAAAUUUGUAGACAUUUCGUACGACAUUUUAAAUUAUAUAAAAAUGUUUAUUAAGCAAAAGUGUUUUUUAAAAGAUAUGAUAUCAGCAGGAUUUGAAGCUCUGGUGGAAAAACACAACAAGCAUUUUAUCAAGUUCCCCUACAUGACCGUGUCGGAAAUAUUGACCAACCUGUUUAACUUCAGGUACAAGACCAACAUCAUCAUCGCUCCUGAUUAUAUAGAAGCCCUAGUAGAGUUUUACCAGGAGAAAUAUAAAGUGGACAUAUCAUGUGAUAAAGGAAGAAAUAAAAAGGUUUUUCUGUUUGACACUAACGAAAUGCACAAAUUGAAUAAUGCGUAUUAUAGGGUUCGUAACAGUGCACGGGAGAGAGGUGUACUUAAUGAGCAUGAAAAUGGUGGAGAGGAGCAUAAAGGCAAAUGGGGAGGGAAAGGAGAGGUGGACGAUAAAGGGAACUACAGAAAAGGGGGUGUUGGUGGUGGUAUGGUGAGCAAUGACUUGCUGCUGACCAAUUCCAAGGAGCGUUUCCAAAAUGCAUCGAAUAAGAAAUAUGGAUUUGCAAAAAAUGACCACUCAGGUGUGUACAGUGCCAUGGACAUGACAAGCAAGGUGAGUUCCUGCAGCCCCAUGGGAGUUGGAGGCUCAGGAACAACAACUGAUUUGGGUAAUAAUAAAAUGUACACAAAGAAAAGAACAAGCGAAUCGGUUAAACAUAGUCUCAUGAAGGAGACGAAUUCGUUAACAAAAAAAAAACAGAACAAAAUUUUAUCUAACGAUUUGGCUAGGAAAAAUUGGGACAAGAAGAAAAACAACAAAAAUGAAAAGAAAAUGUCUUCCACGACACACAUAAUUAUUUGUUCCGAUAAUGAUGAGGACAGUGAGGAGGAAGAUUGCCAUAGUGGCAAGUACCAGGUGAUGACAAAAAUGGCUAAUGAGAGAGACAGCGACAAGGGUGAAUGUAGAAAUAUGAGUAUGUUGAUUGAGAAUAUCACGAAGAAGAAGUGCAGUGCGAAUAGUAGCUCGUUGGGCAGCUUGACGAUCAACCAUAACGUUCUUAAGGACCAGCGAAGGGGCAUGGGUAACCGUAGCUACGUUGGUCAGCAUAAGUGCAGCCUACCCAGCAUGCCUAGUAUGCCUAACAUAGUUAGUAGUGGGCAUGGCCAUCCCCACAGCACCCUACCGAACAAUAACAAGUUACAAACCUUUCGUAGCCUUUUUAGUAACUCCACCACCAUGCAUCAUAACAGCGUGAACAACAGCACCAGCAACAACAUGUACAGUGUGCAGCGGAAGAGAGCCACGGAAGAAAACCUGCUGAUCAUUUCAGACGAGAAAAAAAAUAUAAAUUCAAACAAUAUGCUCAAUGAGAAAAUGCAACUGUAUAAAAAAAGGAAAAUGAAAAAUGAGUAUCCAUGUGGAAAAAAAAACUCACAAACGAAUAUGCUAAAAGUUAAUAAGGUCAGUGAUAAAAUGAAGGGAAAAGUUUUGAACUCAAAUGAUAAGUGUGCAGUGUAUAAAUGUAUUAACAUCGACUCGUCUGACGAGAACAAGUGA